CAUGGACAGAAGUAUCGGCUGUACACUGAGUUCACUGGAGAACUAGCUGACGACUUAGCAGGCUUUUACAGGAGUGAACAUGAAGAAGGGGGAGUCCGAAAAAUUGUUGCCACCUCUCAGAUGCAUCCAACUCAUGCCAGAAAAACCUUCCCUUGUUUUGAUGAGCCAGCUAUGAAAGCUGCUUUCUAUAUUACACUCAUUCACCCCCGUGGAACUGUAGCCCUGUCCAAUGGCAUGGAGAAAGAUAUUGUUGACACCACUAUUGAUGGAAUAGAGGUAACAAAAACCACAUUUGAGCCCACCAGGAAUAUGUCCACCUAUCUACUGGCUAUCGUCGUCUCUGACUACAUAUACGUCAAUGCUACACAAGGAGACAUUCUGGUACGUAUCUGGGCUUCCAGGACAGCCAUUGAGCAGGGACAGGGAAACUACGCCCUCAAUGUAACUGGACCUAUACUGGACUUUUUCCAGUUGUACUAUAACAUCUCCUACCCUCUGUGCAAGGCAGACCAAAUCGCUCUACCCGACUUCUAUUUUGGUGCAAUGGAGAACUGGGGUUUGGUGACAUACAGAGAAACCAACCUUCUCUACGACCCUGUGACCUCCUCCGUCAGAAAUAAAGAGACCACUGCCACUAUCAUUGCUCAUGAGCUAGCACACAUGUGGUUUGGUAACCUGGUGACCCUGCACUGGUGGAAUGAGGUCUGGCUGAAUGAGGGCUUUGCUUCCUAUGUGUCUUACUUGGGAGCAAAUCACACAGAGCCCACAUGGAAUGUGAAAGACUUGAUAAUAAUUGAUGACAUCCACAGAGUGUUUGCAGUUGAUGCCCUGGCCUCCUCUCACCCUCUGUCUUCUAAUGAAGACAGUGUCGUCCUCCCAGACCAAAUCAAUGAACAAUUUGAUGUCAUCUCAUACAGCAAGGGUGCAGCGGUGCUGAGGAUGCUGUCUGAUUUUCUUUCAGAGCCAGUCUUUGUCCAAGGACUCAAUAGUUACCUCAGUCACUUUGCCUACAGAAAUACAGCAGGAAAUGAUUUGUGGCACCAUCUACAAAUGGUGGUGAAAUCCAAAAAUGUUCCACUUCCUUGUCCAGUUGAGGACAUCAUGAACCGCUGGGUGCUCCAGAUAGGCUUCCCUGUGGUUACCAUAGAUACUACCACAGGAAAGGUAUCCCAGAAGCACUUUCUGCUGGAUCCAGCAUCAAACAUCACAGUUCAAUCACCUUACAACUAUGAGUGGCUGAUUCCUGUUAGGUGGAUGAAGUCUGGUGAGGUCCAAAGAGAUAUCUGGUGGCUGAUGAAAAAAGAAGUGAUAAACUUGGAGAUGAGGAGUGGUGGUUCGUGGGUCCUGGCCAACAUCAAUGUAACUGGAUAUUAUCGGGUAAACUAUGACCUUGGAAACUGGGAAAGGCUCUUUACUCAACUUAAUUCGGAGCACCAGAUUAUACCAGUGAUAAACCGAGCUCAACUUAUGGAUGAUGCUUUCAAUAUGGCCAGGGCUCAGGUGGUCUCCACGACCCUUGCUUUGAGAACAACCUCCUAUCUGUUAGCAGAGACAGAAUACAUCCCCUGGCAGUCUGCUCUGGACAAUCUGCAUUAUUACUACCUUAUGCUGGACCGUACUGAAGUCUAUCAGCCUUUGCAGGACUACAUGAAGAAGCUGGUGACUCCUCUCUUCCAGCACUUCAAGAGCAUGACAUCAAAUUGGACUCGUGUUCCUGACAGACUCACUGACCAGUAUAACCAGGUGAAUGCUAUCCGUAUGGCCUGCAGGACUGGAAUAACAGAAUGCCAGAACUUGACUACCUCAUGGUUCAAACAAUGGAUAGACAACCAUCAGCACAAUUUGAUUGAGCCCAACCUACGUUCUGCUGUGUACUGCAGUGCCAUAGCAGCAGGGGAUGAGGCAGAGUGGGAGUUUGGCUGGUCACAGUUCACGAAUGCUACUGUAGCAAGUGAGGCCAGCAGACUCAUGUCUGCACUGGCCUGUACUGGCAAGAUACAACUGCUGAAAAGGUAUCUGUCUUACACCUUAAAUUCAACUAUGAUCCGUAAACAGGACGCCACCACUGUCAUCACGUCUGUCGCCAGCAACAGAGCAGGACAGAGUCUGGCAUGGGACUUUGUCAGAGACCACUGGGAAUACAUGUUCACAGACUAUGGCGUGGGCUCCUUCUCCUUUGCCUCUAUGAUCAGUGGUGUCACAGCAAGGUUCUCGACACCUGCAGACCUUCAACAGCUAGAGGAGUUUGUGAAGGAGCACAGUGUAGCAGGGUUUGGCCCUGCCACGCUGGCUGUGAUGCAGGCCUUGGAGAAGACACGAGCUAACAUCAACUGGGUGCAGCAGAACAAACAGGAGAUCCUGGACUGGUUCAACAUCCAGACUGCACAUCCUCCUGUGAAUCUGGACUGGCCUGGUUUGUAA